GCCUUGCAAGAGUAUAAGCUUUGGAAAGCCACAGAAUUCCGGCAGUUUUUGUUGUAUACAGGGCCAGUCGUACUGCGAAAUAAGCUACCCAACAAUCUGUAUCGAAACUUCAUGGUAUUAUCAUAUUCAAUGCGACUUUUGCUCAGUAGUCAAAAAAUCUCUGCCAAAUAUGCUGAUUAUGUUGAAGCGCUGAUUAAAGUAUUUGUGCAGAACUUUGCCACGUUAUAUGGGAGGGAUAUGGUGGUGUAUAAUGUGCACAACUUGAUUCAUUUGGCAGAUGAUGCCAGAAAGUAUGGGUCCUUGGAUGCUAUCUCAUGUUUCCCAUUUGAGAACUACUUGGGAAAAUUAAAAAGAAUGGUGCGUAAAGGCCAGAGCCCAUUGUCACAGAUUGUGAAAAGAGUUGCAGAAAUGCAGAAACUGGACUCCAUACACACAAAGACAAGUGAAAUGAAUGUACCGCUCCACAAAAAAGCACAUUUUUCUGGACCUGUACCUCUCGACUGUGGUUCUUGUCUCCAGUACAAACAGUAUCUUGACCCACGAUUCUUAAUUUCCUGCAAAGGAGGUGACAACUGUUUUGAAGUGAACGAGAAAGUGGUGGUUGUCAGAAACAUUCUCUGCUCUAGUUCUAGAGGAACUUUAAUCAUAUACGAAGAGUUUAAAAACUGUGAGACAGCUUUUGACUAUCCAGGAGACUCGUUGUUAAUUGGAGUCAAGUCGGUGUCAAAAUUCUCUGGCCAAUUACAUGUAGCGAGUCCAGAAAAUGUGACCAGAAAGCUUGUGCUGUUACCUCUGCAGGAGAAAUAUAUUGUAUUCCCAAUGCUGCAUACCAUCUAAAUUCAAAUGUUUUGUAAAUGUUUUAUGCUUGUCUUCCAGCAAAAUGUUGCCCUACGCAGUUGUUAUGUUUGUGGUGUCUCGCACAGUGGCAGUGAUUUCAACUGCCUGGUUCACUUCAGAUGAGGAGGAUGAGUGCUACUGGCCUCCAGCAUCAAACAGUGCCAAAGUCAAAAAGAUGCUUCAAACUGGUGCUGUGCCAACUCAAUCCUGGAAGAAAUUUAACAUCAGAGUCCUUGGAAAAGCUGCUGACCUUACCAAAGCAGAGUUCAAAUUGCGCAGGUCUGAAUUCACAUCAGACUUGCAAACUGAAACAGAAGAAGAAGGGCCCAGCACAUCUAAGAGGAGACCUAAACCUAACCAGUGGUAUCUGGAUUCUGACUGGGAGCCCCAAGCUGCAGUCGUUUCUGAUCUUUCAGAUUCCGACUCAGAGAGUAUUGACCAGGCCUUAAUUCUGCCACCACCUGCACCUUCUAUGGCUGAUACACCUAUCACCCCUCCCCCACCCUCCGCUGCAACGCCAGAAAGACGCCCCGCCACACUUCCAUCAGCGGUAUCAAUCAGUGGACUUUCGCAAGAGAUUCAUCAUCUGAAGAAGGUGGUUCUCAAAUCUGUGGGCCUCCUAGAGAAGGUAUUAGAAAAUCAGCGUAUCCUUCAGAGUGUGAUGGAAUCAAUCCUGCGGAAGGACCAUGGUCAGGUCCAAGAUAGGGAAUUACCAGAGGGUGUCACCUUCCCAUUAAAAACAAUGGAAGACUUUGAUGCUCUGGAUGCCUUGUUGAUGGAGUCCUCUGUAUUGAAUCGUGUGGCAUCCCACUCGAUGAAUGUAGGUAAGUUCUGUAGCCAGGUGGUGGUGUACAGGAGGAAUAAUAUCGUUUCUUAAUUCUCUGCACUUACGUCUGAAUCCUCGCUUCUGUCAAUUGUCCCGCUUAUAUGUUUGAUAGAAAACCUAAAUUUUUUAUCAAUUUUUUUUGUAUUUCUGUUUUUACUGAAAAGUGUCCAACACUUUCCAACUUGUAAAUGUUGCACAAAAGUUAUAGUGAUUGUGUUAGCCAACCUGUGCUCAGGCAUUCCUCUGGACAAAUUCAGAUGAAUGUCCUAUGGUAGCCAUAUGCAGGGCUAGAUUUAAGGGUCAGUUAAAAGCAAAAACUACACAAGGCAGUUACUAAUGUGACCUACUAAAAUAAAAAAGCAUGAGACGAAUGCUUAUAAUCACCUCAGAAGUUAAAAAUGGCCUGCUCUGAAAUAAGCCCUGCAUACAUGUAUGUGUACCUCUUUCACAGCUAUUCUGCCACUUUCUCAACCCUGUUUUCAGAGAACAUGUACUUGAAAGGAAAACAUGUCCACUAUUAAUGUAUUGUAUAAUGCAUUAUGUAUCUUUAGUUCUUGUUCCAUUGUGGCCUCUGCUAUUUUCAUGCUACAUUCUGUGCUUUUAUUAAUUAGUGUUAUUUUUUUUUUUCCCUAUUGAGAUAAAUCACUCAGAAGCCUCUGAAUGAGUAAGCGUAGUAACAUAAUGUAACAUAGUGAUGGGGUGAAAGGUGAAGUGAAAUAACAACUGACAUUCCAGAUGUAAUUUUUGAAAAGUUUUUCCCUGCAGGUCAAAAAAAAAAACAGGAUGGCGAGAGGAGAUAACUUUACUGGAAAAAGGAAAAUGUGUUUAGUACAACCCCUGACAUUGUGAAUCAUACAAAUAUCCUCAACAUAUUUGCACUUCUGCAAGUACAUAUACAAGUUUUAAAUAACAUUUUUUAAGUCACCAUUUAUCAAAAGAAGGUGUAAGAUUCAUUCCAUUUUGUUUUCCAUGUAGGUGUCCUUUGUGAGCGACU